AUGCAAGAAAGUAAAUAAGAAGAUAAAUAAUAAAACUUAUUUUUAAAUAUAAAAUAAAAUUAAAAUGAAGAAGAGUUUUAAGAUACGGGUAAAUUCUCUUGUUAUGAAAAUACGUUAUCAUGUUUUGGAUCAAUAGCUGGUUGUUUAGGAAUGUGGCUUCCUUUUCCAUGUUGUUGUUGUCCAAAACCUAUUAUAAAAGUCAAACAAUCAUAUUUUGGCUUAUUAGAAAAGUUCGGUCGUUAUUAAAAAACUUUAACAGCUGGAUUACAUAAAGUAAAUCCUUAUUGUGAAAAAAUAAAAUUAGUAGAUAGUAGGACAUACGUAAAUAUGAAAAUAAAUAUAAAUUAUAAUUACAUAAUAAAGGUCUUAGAUUUAAAAAGAUAGUCAGUUAUGACAAAUGAUAAUAUAUCAGUAAAUAUAGAUUCUGUUAUAUUUUAUAGAAUUUAUGAUCCAAAAAAAGCUAUGUAUAAAUUAUCUGAUAUCAAAGCAUCUAUAGAAGGUUUGUUUUGUUUCUUUUUUUUUUUUAAUAAAAAUAAAUAUUUAAAUAAAGAAUUAACUUAUACUUGCCUUAGAACUAUAUGUGGAGAACAUAGUUUUUAAGAUCUUUUAGAAAAAAGAGAUGUUAUUAAUGAUCAAAUAGAAGCAUUUAUUGAAUAACAAUCAUCAAAUUGGGGAAUUUAUGUUGAAUAGGUAUUCAUUAAAGACAUGCUUCUUUCAAAAGAUUUAAUGAAUUAAAUGUCUUUAGUUCCAAUAAGCUUAAGAAAGGCAGAAACUAAAAUAAUAUCUUCAUAAGCUGAUGUAGAAAGUGCCAAAUUAUUUAGAGAAGCUGCUGAUAUGUUGUCCUCUAAUGCAGCUAUGUAAAUUAGAUAUUUCGAAUUAAUUUAAUAGAUUGCAGAUUAAAAAGGAAAAAGUGUUGUUUUUUUACCUUUAAAAUAAUAAGAAAGUUAAAAUUGAAAAAUUAUAAAUACUA